GGGAGCCCUGCAGACCCAGUUCAGCCCUGCCUUGCGCUGCCCGAGCGAGGAUCUGGGGCGCGAUGGCCGCGGGCUGGGAGCUCCGCGCCCUGCUCUGUCUCGGGGCGCUGCUGACUGGCGGGGUUUCUGCAGACCUGGGGGCUGUGGCCGUUGGUGAACUUCAUGAGAACGUUACUCUGCACUGUGGCAACGUCUCCAGACCCAGGGGCCUGGUGACUUGGUACCGGAAUGACUCAGAGCCUGUCUUCCUGCUGUCCUCCAAUGCUAGCCUCCUGCCCACUGCACCUCGCUUCUCUCUAGAGGAUGCCGGCGCCCUGCACAUCCAGGCACUGAGCCUGGAAGAUGAGGGCAACUACACCUGCCAGGAGGUUCUGAAUGAGACGCGCUGGUUCCUGGUGUGGCUGCGUGUGGCCAGUGGUCCUGACCAGAUCCAGGUCAACAUCUCAGCCUCAGGCGCCCUCCCCAAUGGCACCCUGUAUGCGGCCAGGGGCUCCCAGGUGGAUUUCAGCUGCGGCAGCACUGCACAGCCUCCGCCCAGGGUGGAGUGGUGGUUCCAGGCCCAGUCCAGACCCGAGUCCUUCGGAAGCAACCUGACGGUCAGCAGCUUCACACUGAUACUGAUGUCCCAGAACCUCCAAGGCAACUACACCUGCUCAGCCAGGAACGUGCUUAGUGGCAGACAGCGAAAGGUGACCACCGAGCUCCUGGUCUACUGGCCCCCUCCAUCAGCUCCUCAGUGCUCAGCAGAGGUGUCCUCAGGAUCAGCUGCCCUGAAGCUCACCUGUCGCUGGGACGGGGGAUACCCUGAUCCAAACUUUUUGUGGACUGAGGAACCUGGAGGGAUGAUUGUGGGGAAUUCAGAGCUGGGGACUGAAACACUGAACCAGUCGCAGCUGUCGGACGGGAAGAAGUUCAAGUGCGUAGGGAGCCACAUAGUGGGGCCAGAGCCGGGAGCCAGCUGCGUGGUACAGAUCUUGAGCCCCUUACUUGCCUCUCACCCCAUGAAAACAUGCUUCGUUGGAGGCAACGUGACACUCACCUGCCAAGUGUCUGGAGCCAACCCCCCUGCCACGAUCCAGUGGCUAAGAAACCUCACCCAGCCGGAGGCGGCCAUACAGCCCAGCAGCCACUAUCUCAUCACCCAGGACAACCAGAGCUCCACACUCACGAUCCACAACUGCUCCCAGGCCCUGGAUGAGGGCUUCUACUUCUGCCAGGCUAAGAACCUUGUCGGGGUGAGGGCAGUGGACGUCUGGCUAAGUGUGAAAGAACCUCUGAACAUUGGGGGCAUUGUGGGGACCAUUGUUAGCCUCCUUCUGCUGGGACUGGCCAUCAUUUCAGGGCUCAUGCUGUAUUACAGCCCUGUGCUCUGCUGGAAAGCAGGAAGCACUUUCAGGGGACAAGACAUGGGUGAUGUCAUGGUUUUGGUGGAUUCAGAAGAGGAAGAAGACGAGGAGGAUGAGGAAGAAGAGGAAAAUGCUAUUGAAGAGGUGGAGCAGGAGACGAAUGAGAGAGAGGAAUUGCCAAAAGAAGUAUGCAAGCAUGGGCACAUUCACAGGGUGACUGCGCUGGUCAAUGGUAACUUAGACCACAUGGGAAACGGACUGCAGGACCUACAGGAUGACAAUGAUGAACAGCAAAGUUACACUAUUCAAGAGCCAGUUUGAUGAAGAGGAUGGUCCAGUCUUGUCUUGCAAGCUUGGAUAGCUCUACUGAAGAUGAGCUUGUCCUUCAGAUUUGACUGGAUUCACUGCUGCCUGGGCAUUUGCAUUAGCCACAGCUGGGGUCUCCCAGUGAAGCAGCAGCCCACACACACAUCUUUCCUUCUGCUGUUUUUCACUGAUUUCAUUGCUGUAAGUUUCCUCAACAGUGUGACAACACAUCGGGAAGGAGCAGCAAGUGUGGAGGAAAGCUGCGGUGGUGUCCGAGGUGCCACUUUGCUGAUGCCUGGCUCUAUCGAGGCUUACUGUGAUUUGAGGAACACGGGUCAGGGGAGCACUUCUUAUCUGUGCCCUGGGCCCAUUCAAGAUUUGCAACCAGCUUGCCCAAUACUAAGAGGAAUAUGGGGGAGGGGGGAGGGACAGAAGACCUCCUAUUACUGUUCAGGCAGGGAGCCAGCAGCUAGCUUGGAGCAGUGAUGUCAGCUCCCAGAAGGCAAUUUGGGUUAGGCUUGGCAGUCAGACACUCUGGCUUUAAUCGGGAACUUGGUUCUUUGCUGCUUGCCUCUCCCUUGGGCCUCUGUUUCCCCAUCUGUAACAUAGGUGAAGUAGCACCUACCUACCAAGCUCCUGGGGAUUAAAUGAAGAAGGUAAUUUUGGAUGUAAAAGUGUCCAGGGAGGUGCUCAGUGGCCCUCCAGGGUGCCCUCAUGAUGAUUCUUUUCCUUGGAGAUAUGUGAGCUGUAGGAGCUGGUAAGAGGAAGUGUCUUUCCUUCUCAUCUCCCAUGUGGCAGAACUUUACACAUACAGAGAAGCCUCCUAAAUGAUGGACCUAAGGUCAGCUUUCAGCUUUCCUUUCCUUAUGUCUCCUGCACUUUGCAAAGGAGACAAGAGAAACAUUUCAUAAGAGUAUCUGGUGUGAAGAACUCGGGACUUGCCAGUCAGUUUUUUUGUAUCUUGAAAAUGGGAAUAUGUGUUUCCUUCCCCCUCAAUAGGAGGAUGCACUGAUCAGUGACACUUCAGUUUCAGAUGAAAAUAGGGCUGAUGAGCUGGGGUUGUUAAACUCUCUGCUAGAUCAUUGAGGGUUUUUUUUUUUUUUUUUUAAUUCCAUCUAAAUGUCUUGAAGUCAGGGAUCUUCUAAGGGUGCAAUAGAUGUGUGCUAAAUAUGAAAAUCUGACUUGAAAUUUGCACUCUGUACUUGUGCAUAUCCUGCUCAAAAGGGGCAAUAUAGGCUUAAAGGAGAACUUCCUUUGUCUAGAACCUGGGCCUUCUGAGAUGAGGAGCUGGUUAUCUGAAGUUACCUGCAAGAUGUGGGUGGGAAUAUGUUUUUCUUGAAUGCAGGGUCUGAACUGAAGAAACCACUGCCAGUAUGCCUGUCCCCAGCUCAUGGCACAGGGUGGGGUUGCAGGGGGUAGGGGGGUGGUAAGGCUAGCUAUGAUUUUAAGCCCUCAGGAAUGCUGUGAAGUUCAGUUCUGUUUGGCUGGGUCUCCUGCUGUACACCUCACAAACUGGAUCACUCCAGUCUGUUAAUUUUCUUAAUGUCAUUUCACAAUGAGAUACUCAGGUUGCUUCCAUUGGAGAUGGAGCUGGUCUCCCUUGUAGUCCUAAUAACCAAGUUCUUGAAUUCAUCUACUACCUGAGGUAACUUUAACAAAAGAAAACAAGAGGGAAAUCACUAGCUGGGAACACAAGGAAAUGUUUUGCAAGAUCACUGGAUGCUUUCUACAACUUCCUAUUCUGCACACACACCUGGUGAUAGGAAAUAUUUGAGUGUUUUUUCACUACCAAAUGGGAGGUUUAAGGGCUUGGUGCCAAAUGCUAGUCUGAAGCCCUGACCAGCUGACCUGUGGCUGACACUUUUAUGAGCCUGUGUGCACAUUUAUAAAAUGGCAGGUUAAGAGUCCAGGGCAUGAAAGUGCUUCAUGUUUUAAGAAUUUAUAAAGAAUUGGAGCUCCCCUUUUCUUUGCCUUAACAUGAUCCAUAUCCAGACUCCAAAGCAUGUGGACCAUGGGUUACAGCCUUUGUGUGGGCAGGUCCAAUUUGUGAAGUUAAAAAUAAAUCUGCAUGUAUUGACUCAGAGACCUUGAGAUCCACUUAUCAGAACCAGGAAGAAAGACACUUCAGGGUUAUUUCAAUCCCUUAAAACCCAGUGGACAUGGGGGAGGGGCUCAGGACUCCUGUGGCUUUCAUAUUAGCUCCAUUUCUCAAAAGCGCAUACAGGUCUGACAACUGCAGCAGGAAACACAUAAUGGAAGUGUUCCACAACCUGCACCCUAACCCUGGAGGGUCAUCCCUGCUGGGUAGAACUUAGAGUGCCGAGUAAGUGCCAAACAAUAUUCUCGCACAGGACUGGCAAUCAACUGCUGAAAAAACAAAACACAAAACCACAAAACCUUAUGAUUUGAUAGGGGAAAGUUGGGAGAAAUUAGUUCUAAGAUUAUAGAUUUUGUUAAGAUUUUGGAAUAAAGUUAUUUUUAAAUAUGU